AUGUCAAAAGGAACUCAUUUCUUGACUUUCGCUAUCCCAUCCAUCAUCCUCUACUUCUUAGCUUUACUUCAUGUGCUUCCUGUACCCUUGCUGAGCCAGGAGAUAGCUGAUCAAAUCUUACCUGUUCUACCAUUCUGGUUACUCGUCGCGUUCGGUUCAUACUCCCUCUCAUCCCUUGGAUUAGGUCUUGUACGAUUCCACGAUACCCCCGAAGCGUACGAGAGUUUGUUGAGAGAGAUAAGUCAGGCUAAAGAUGAAUUGAGGGAUCAUGGAGUAUCGGUUGAUUAG